AUGAGGACAUUGGAGGCUCAGAGCCUGGGAGAGGCUGCAAACACGGUGUUCGAUUCGCCGGGUGGCGCCCGGAUCACUUUUUCUGCGUCUGGUGACCGGCAAGGCCAAAACUAUUGGGGAAUUCCUGUUAGUGCCAUGUUGGGGAUCUACAUGGAACAAAAUACGGUUUCGAAACUGCACCUCACUGGAAUCUCCCUGGAAGGCGAUGUGUACGCCAAUGCGGACAUCGAACUGUUUGCUGUGAACAUCCCGGGGACAUUGAGUACGCCCAGCCCGGUACAGAUUCAGCCGGAGGAUAAGAGGUUUCAAUUUGGUUAUGGAGACCCUUCCCUCUUGGGUCGGAUGGACAACCCCCGGACGAAGGAAUUGACGUCUGCUGAGUUUAGCGCACUGGCUCAGGAUAGCAGCAUUUUUGAAGCCUCGUUGCACAGCGACAAGUCUAGUCGUGCUGUGGUUUGUGAGGCCAAGGGUACUGGGGUGAAGCCUAUCUGUCACCAGAGUGGCAGGGCUACGAUGCUGCUUUCUAAGCGAUCCGUUGACUCGUCUACGGCAUAUCACGUCUGGAAGAUGUCGGCCAGGUGGUACUGGCGUGUGAACCAUUCGCUCAGCUUGUCAGCCGUGAAGGAGAAGAACGGUGUUGUGUUGGACUACAACUCUGUCUUGUUUAUGGGUGUGCGCCCGACUACGGAGACUACCCUCCAUGGUGUAAAGAGCGAGGGCGGUGGCAACACUGGAGCGGAUUCGACGAAAGGCUGCCUCGGCAUCAGCAGCAUAGUCGUCAGCCAAGGGAAAAGGAGGCCGUGGACGACAUAUGAAGACGCUCGAGAGUCGCUCAAGCCGUCUGUCGGGGGUCGUGCGCAUCUGCUGCUCUUCAUCGCAAUGUCUGCUGGCGACAUACGUUACAGCCUAGUUGACUCGGCAGAAUCGAUGUCCAAUCUACUCACGUUAAUACAGAAUCUUCCGCUCGGUCUACCGUCGCUCUUUUUAGACCUGGAAGGCGUGAGUCUCUCUCGGAAUGGCUCCAUUUCACUGAUUACCGUCUUUGUUCUGCCCCGAAGUCACGUCUACCUCGUCGACAUCCACACCAUGCAGUCUACAGCAUUCUCGACCGCGGUUGGAGGAACAACCUUCAAACACAUUCUUGAGUCUCCGGACAUCACCAAAGUCUUUUUCGAUGUCCGCAAUGAUUCUGACGCCUUGUUUCAUCACUUCCAAGUGAAGCUGAGCGGCAUCGAAGACGUGCAGCUGAUGGAGAACGCAGCUCGCCCGGGCGGGCGACGGCGAUAUCUGAAUGGAUUGGAUAAGCGUAUCGCAUCGUACGCACCUUUGUCACCCGAGGAGAAGGCUCGCUGGAAGGCCGCCAAAGAAGCCGGGCUCAAUCUGUUCCAUCCUAGAAGAGGAGGAUCAUACGAAGUCUUCAACUCGCGACCGAUGUCUACACCCAUCGGAAUCUACUGCAUCAACGACGUGCGAUAUCUGCCCCACUUGAGGGAGGCAUUGUGGCCGCAGCUUGAUGAUGUCUGGCGGCAGAAAGUGGGGGAGGAGACAAAGAAACGUAUCUUGGAAUCGCAGAGCCCAUUUUACGAGCCGCAGUCGGAGACUAAAAAGUUUGGGCCAUGGGGUAGAGCUUGA